UUCAUUUCAUUGCGGGGGUGCGUGCGUGUCUGUCUGUCCUUCCUUGCUUGCAGCUCUUCUUCCUCCUCCUCCCCCCUUUCCUCCAUUUUCAUUCACCUUUCAGAGGUAUCUUUUCGGGAUUCUCUUCCCUUUGAACCCCUGAAAAGGUAAUCAUUAGCUCUUAAUUAUUGCCGCCUCCCACCCCCACCUAAUAUUUCCGCGAAAGUCGUCAUCUUUGCCAGUAUUUCAAGCUCUGGGCUUGGUUCUUGAUUCAUCAUCCCUGCUGCAGCUCAUUUGGUGAAGUGGAAGCUACUGCCUGAAAUCUGGGGGUUUUCGCUCACAAGGUAUCGGAAGAAAGCUUUGUGUGAUAAGACGCUUAGUUUAUGCCACUCAAGGGGUUUCCCGAUACCGGAGACUGUUCGUGUGACUACAUAAAAUCACGAGUAUAGCUUGAACAGCCCAUCUGGGAGUACGAGGUUUAUGCUUGAGGAUCACCCAACUUUUUCUCGAAGUCUGAAUUGAUGUUUUGGGAAGCAAAUGGCUCCAGAGAGCAACCAUCCAGUUUUCGCAGCUGAGGGGAGCUAUAGGAAGGAUAAUGUUACCGAAGAGGUGGUCGGAACUUUGAGGGGCUUAACACCUCCCAAGAUUGGGAGGCCACCGAGGCACUCUGCGAGCUCUGUUCAGUUGACUUCUGCUGCUGAGUUGGAGUCGGACAUUGGGCUGUUGAACAUAAACUCUACAUCAGAUGAAAGUGAAACAACGCCAUUCAUUCCGAUUUAUCGUUCUGGGAGCUGCUCGGAGAUUGGAUCUAAGCCGUACAUGGAGGACGAGCACAUUUGUAUAGACAAUCUGCUUGAGCAUUUAGGUUCAGGUUCAGACUUCCCUUCUCCCGGAGCUUUUUAUGGGGUGUUUGAUGGACAUGGUGGGACGGAUGCAGCUCUAUUUAUAAGGGAGAAUAUUCUGAGGUUUAUAAUGGAGGACGCCCAUUUUCAGAUUUGUACAAAGGAGGCCAUUAGAAGCGCUUUUAUAAGAGCUGAUUGUGCAUUUGCUAAUGCUGAUUCUCUCGACAGUUCCUCAGGCACAACUGUGCUCACAGUGCUUAUUUUUGGCAGGACAAUGCUGGUUGCGAAUGCCGGUGACUGCAGAGCUGUUCUAGGUAAGCGGGGAAAAGCAAUUGAGCUCUCGAAGGACCACAAGCCUGACUCUAGCUCCGAGCGCCUUCGAAUUGAGAGGCUCGGUGGGGUCGUCUAUGAUGGGUACCUCAAUGGUCAGCUCUCGGUGGCCCGGGCACUUGGAGAUUGGCACAUGAAGAAGAAGGUGGGGAUAGUGGGCUCUUCCUUGCCCUCCUGUCCCCUGAUUGCUGAGCCCGAGAUCCACGAAGUUGUCUUGUCAGAGGAGGACGAGUUCCUCGUAAUAGGCUGUGAUGGGCUGUGGGAUGUUAUGAGCAGCCAAUGUGCGGUCAUGAUCGCGAGGAGGGAGCUCACCCUCCACAAUGAUCCCGAGAGGUGUUCAAGGGAGCUUGUCCGAGAAGCGCUGAGGAGGGAUGCGCGAGACAAUCUGACAGUCGUCGUCGUGUGUUUCUCGGUAGAGCCACCACCGAGGAUCGAGGUACCGAGGAGGUUCAAGUUCAAGAGGAGCAUAUCAGCUGAGAGGCUCAAUCUUCUUCAGGAGGUGUUGGAUGCUAACUGAUUUGCAGGAGAUUAAUGGACGAAUUACUCUGUACUACAUUCAUGUUUGGUCUUGUCUUGUAGUUUCUGUAAUCUGAUUGGUGAGGACCGUUAUUUGAUUCUUCGACCAUAGGUGGAUAAUUAUACGAUCUCCUGGCGAGGAAGAUAAUAGAGAUUUGGAUACGAUCGGCUUUGUAAAUAUUUAGUUUUCUGACGCGUUCCAUUUUUCACCACUGUGUGGCAUGCGUAUUUGUUA